UUCAUACGAAUUUCUUCUUUCGCAACCGACAAUACUGGUGCACGCAUUCAACAAGUACAAUUUGUUCAUCGCCGAACAUCCCUUGCAGGUGACUAUUCUCACUUUGACAGCAUGUUAUAUUUAACGUAAAAAACACGUAAAUGACUUGCCUUAUGCUGCGUCACAACAGAUGCGAUGUGAUGUUAAGACUUAUCAUAAUACUUUCUAUGCUUUGUUCUGAUUUCUUAAGGCUUAUAUCAUACCAUGUCGCUCCAUCCCCUCUUCCCGAAAGCACGUAUUCCCGCGGCCCUCAUGAAUUCGUUUUUAAAGAACUUCGCUCCGUUCUUCCGAAGUUCCCACCUGAAGCCACGAUUCCAGUCACUCUCCCCUCUACCUAUCCAAAUUUUCACCUCGUUCCCUAAGAACGCGUUUUUAAAUCUUUUCCCCCCAAGCACCGCUGUCUUCGACGAAAUAGAAUAAUAGAUUAGAAUAAUAAAUUUUUCUCGACAUAUUGCUUCCAAUCCCCCGCUAACACACACACACACACAAACACACACACACACAGAGAGAGAGAGAGAGAGAGAGACGCACAUUGAAAAAAAUAUGUUUACAUACUUCAUUUACGUACUUGAAUUUCAAUUUAAGCAUUUAUAUAUUUAAUUUAAAUAUAUAAAUACUGAAGACAUUUAAUUAAGUUGAUAAAUUCAUUAACAAUUUUUUUUUUCUGUGCAUGAUGCUCUUUUCUGCUUAAUUUAUUUUUGUUUUAUAGCGUUUUUAUUGCAAUGGGUUUGAACUAUAAUCGAAAACUUUUUUGCGAAACAAAACGGAAAUAGUGUCUCUUCUUUGAUAGAUUUUUGACAGAACACAAUCAGAGUGUCCAAACACCUUGACCAAGGUCUUCUCUGUGAAAGGCGACGUGAGCCUGCCGGAAUUGGGACUUAAACCCGAAGACAGGAAAAUGUUUUUGGAUAAAGUCAACGUAGUGUUGCGCGGCGCGGCCACCGUGCGUUUCAACGAGCCGCUGAAAAUCGCCGUUAAUUUGAAUGUAAUGGGCACCAAUCGUAUAUUGAACUUGUACAGACGCAUGACAAAUCUUAUUAGCGUUAUUCAUGUCAGCACGGCCUACAAUAAUGUUGAUCGACGAGAGAUUGCGGAAUCGAUUUACACCUUGAAAUUUACUCCAAAAUGAUGAGUACGACGAACACACAAACAAAUUCUGGAUACGCACACGAUGAGGCUCACUCGAGAGAAAAUACGAUCGACGUAUUUUUUGCCGGUAUGGUGAUCCUUUUAACCGGUGCUACGGGCUUUUUGUGGAAAGCCCUUCUCGAAAAGCUGCUGCGCUCGUGUCCCGUGGCCGUAAUUUUCGUUGUAAUUCAUCCAAAAAAAACAAAUCCAUCGAGCAACUUUUCGAGGAACUGCUGAAUAAACCCGUUCGUAUACAUAUACGUGUUCUACAUCGCAUUUAAUGAUAUUCAUUGUGACGUGGCAGUUUUAUCUGCCUCGCCACUUCGUCCUCCGCCUGAGCAUAACGCAAGGAGGCGCGUAAGACCGGGUC